GAUGGUAACAGCGGAGGAUUCAAACUGAACAUGGCAGCUGGUAAAGAUGUCGAUGAAAAUACACGAAAUAAUAGAGGUACAGUGAGCAGUAUGGUAACCAAUCCUGACGAGUCCUUGGGGGGGUCUCACUCUGGCCGGCCUCCUGUCAUUUUCAACCCAGACUUUUUUGUGGAAAAACUCCGCCACGAGAACCCGGAAGUUUUCCUGGAGCUGGUGCUCAGUAACAUCACCCGUCUUAUUGAUCUUCCGGGGACAGAGUUUUCUCAACUUCUCGGGGAGGAGAGCCCUAAAACCCCAACGGGGGGAAAUGGAGGCUUUUUCCGUUCUUUCAACUUCCUCAAACGCAAAGAUAAAGGCGUUGUAUUCGGGACUCCACUGACAGAGAGCUGCAUCGCACAAAUCUAUCAGCUCAUUGAAUACCUCAGCAAGAAUCUGCAUGUGGAGGGUCUUUUUCGGGUCCCAGGGAACAGCAUUCGGCAGCAGGGCCUGAGGGAGCUACUCAACAGUGGUGCAGACGUCGACCUGGAGUCUGGAGACUUCCACCCCAAUGACGUAGCCACACUACUCAAGACUUUCCUGGGAGAGCUGCCUGAGCCUCUGCUCACACACCGACACUUCCAUGCACACCUGAAGAUCGCAGACAUAACUCUGUUUGAUGAACAUGGCAACAAGACUGCGACCCCCAACAAGGAGCGUCAGAUCGAGGCUCUGCAGCUCCUCUUCCUGUUGUUGCCUCAGGCCAACCGCUCGCUGCUCAAACUGCUCCUUGACCUGCUCUACCACACCGCCAAGCAACAGGACAAGAACAAGAUGUCCACCUUCAACCUUGCCCUCAUGUUCGCCCCACAUGUGCUCUGGCCCAGACAUAUGACUGCGAGUGACCUGAAAGACAAUCUGAAGAAACUGAACAACAGCAUGGCCUUCCUCAUCAAACACUCGCAGAAACUUUUCAGGGCUCCAGUCUACCUGAGGGAUUAUGCCAGACAGCAUUUCACUGGAACAAAGGUUCUGCAGACCAAGGAUGAUCUGGAACUUCUGGUGAUGAAUGGCUCUCCUACUCAGCGAAAACUGGUGCCCCUGAAGAGGACGGCUGCUGUAGGUCCCAGCUCCCAGGAGCAUUGCCAGUCACCAGCUCAACAAUACACAGAGGAGGCCCUGAAGGAGCUCUUCAGACAUGUCCAUCACAACAUGCCGGACUCUGCCAAGAAGAAGAAGCUUGUCCGACAGUUAGUCAAACAGGGAACCUCAGGAACGCCAACUAGUGAGCACAAGCAAAUCCCACCUGGUCCCACCAAGAAACACCCACGUUCACGCUCCUUUGGAGGCCUCAUCAAGCGCAAAGCUCGCGGUGAACAACUGACAGCAGAGAGACGAGUCAGAUACUUGUCACCUGAAGCUGUUACCAGGGAGGGAAGAAAGGUCGGCAAAGAGAACGUCAUCCUGCAGGCGGUGAACAGUCCAUUGAAUGGUCCAUUGUUGGGGAAGGCAGGACUGGUUGUAAAAAAUCCAGAGUUUGCUUUCAACAAGGACAAAGCUCUAAAGGUUUCCAAGGAUUCUCCUUCCAUCUCCAGAAUGUGUUUCUCUCCAGCUCAGGACGUCUCAGUAUAGAACCAAACACGACUCUGUGCCUCAGACAGUAUUAAUAUUAUUAUUCCUCAUGUUUAUUAUUGUGGUUGUUCAUGUAGUAAGUGUGUUUAACUGUGACUAAAAUGCAGCAGCAUUAGCUUUAGCCAGACUAGCCAACCCAAAGCCAGGAACCCUGCUUAAACAAUUAUUUCACAUAAAAUCCUGAACUGUAGCUAUGGUUUUAAAUAAAAUCCUUAUUUAUAGCAACAAAAUUACAAGAUGCAAGUUUUAAUGCCAUAAUCGGUACCUAAAUUUACUGAGAUGAGGUCAGGUGCAAACAUUUUAAAUAUUUUUUUCAUGUUAAUUUGGUGAUACAUUUUUGGCUGACUUUCUCAUUCGUUCUAUUACGGUAUACACUUGUCAUUUCUUAUUGUCAGCUCAUCUGUCAUCUACAAAGCACUUUUAUUGCACUAAACAGGGUACCAUAGAAAUAAAGUUUGAUGAAGCUACAAUCUAGCUCAACGUGAUUAAUUAUGAUGUUGGAAAAUCAACUGAAAUAGUCUCACACUAGUAUUAAUGCUCAUCGUUUUGCAAGUUUAAUUAAAACUUUUAAAGUCAAACUCACCCAGAUUUACUCACAUAUGCGAUUUAAGCAGGAUCUCUACUUUGGUUUGGCUUCUACUUGUGUCAUUUAUCACUUUAAGGUUAUUUUAUUUGGUACUGUUUGUCAAACUAUAACCACUAGCCAGCUGAGCCUACAGUCUUCUGUAGUGUGUAGAAUAUGUAUACAUGUUGUACAGUCUGUAUUUUAAGGUUUUUACACUUCUUUGUAACACAGAUGUGUGGUUUUUGUUGCGGUACGCUGUUACACUAAGUUACUGGAUGAUAAUUGGGUGAUAAUUUCUCUAUACCAUGCUGCUGGUCCAGGAUCAGUCGGUAGGUUGCCUUAUUUAUAUAUUUUAUUGUGAUUCCAGUGAUUGGGAUCUUUUGGGAGUCUGUCAAAUGUGAAAAUGUUACACGGCCAGUGUCUCGUGGCACUUUUUCCCCUUGAGCAGGGUGUGGGUUGGGUCAUUUCUUUUUGGUUUUCUCUGAUGCGUUUGGAACUUUUCUAUGUUGGUAAAUGAAAGUUGGAAGAGGGUUUUUGGUAAGUGUUUCUCUUGUUGGAAGUGAGCAGUAAUGUGUUACUAUCGGGUGGUGUCCUCUCUUCAUAGUGUGUAUUACAAUGUUAAGGUGCUAUAAGUUUAGACCAUGGGUGUCAAACUCAUUUUAGUUCAGGGGAACACAUGCAGAUCAGA